AUGGCAGCGCGAUACCUCCUCCUGGGUGUCGUUACCGCAGGCUGCGUAACAGCUACCUCGGUUACGUGCUCUGCCAGUGCCCCUUUGAGCUGCCACAACACAACUUCCUAUGACACCUGCUGCCUCAACUAUCCCGGAGGUCAUCUCCUCCAAACCCAGUUUUGGGACACGAACCCGGCCACCGGCCCAUCCGAUUCCUGGACAAUUCACGGGCUCUGGCUAAUUUUGAGUCCAGGCGACGGAACGUACGACUCGAGCUGUGACCCGUCCCGCGCGUACACAAACAUCACCCAGAUUCUCCAGGCCGCAGCUCCCUCUACACUCCAGUACAUGCAGACUUACUGGAAGGACAUCAACGGCAAUGAUGAGUCUUUCUGGGAGCACGAGUGGGGAAAACACGGCACCUGCAUCAGCACCCUGAACCCGUCGUGCUACAUCAACUAUCAGCCCACCCAAGAGGCGGUUGACUUUUUCGACAGGACCGUGAGCAUGUUUCAGUCGCUGCCGUCGUACUCGUGGCUCUCUGCCGCCGGCAUCGUGCCCUCGACCACCACCACCUACACCCUGUCCGCGAUCCAGAGCGCUCUCACCUCGAAGUUCGGCUAUGCCGUGACCAUCAACUGCAACUCGAACAACGAGCUCAACGAGCUUUGGUAUCACUACAAUGUGCAGGGAUCCGUGCAGAGCGGCACCUUCGAGCCCACUUCCCCCGUAGGGUCGGGGUCAACCUGCCCGUCGACAGGGAUCAAGUACCUGCCCAAGCCGGGAGGCACUACUGUCACCACCGCCACCACCAUGACAACCGCGACAGCCUCGACUCCCGUCUCGUCUGCAUCUCCGACAACUACCGCCCCUGGUGGCGCAUUGUCUGGCAAGGGCUACCUCAACGUCAUCACCGGAGGGGCUCAGAAGGGCUGCAUCAUCAGCUCCGGAACGUGGUAUACCACGGGCACAUGCGCAACCUUCACGGCCACGCCGAGCGGCUCCGGUGGCUUCACCCUCACCUCGAGCAAAGGCAAGUGCGCCAUCUCGAGCAGCAACGCCCUGACGUGCUCCUCCUCCGUGACCUCUCCCACCGUCUUCACGUACGACGGCACGUACGUCGACUACGCCGGGAGCUCUGCCUUUUACGCAGCCUCGGUGCCGAGCGGGACCACGCAGGCGGCCGUGUACACGACGCCCAACACGGUGUCGCUGAAGCUUACCUGGCAGGCUAUCUGA